ACGUGCGUGCGGGAGCAUAGCGGUCACGUGGUUCGGCUGUGCGUACGCGGCGGAGUCGGGUGUGAAGAUGGCGGACGACGAGGCCGAGCGGGAUGGCGGCGCUCGCAGCGCUACAGCCGCGGAGGUUGCGGCGCUUAGAGAAAGGCUGCGGGAGCUGGGCGCCACAGUGACCACGGGGGCGCAGGCCGCAGAGGCGGGGAGCGUAGCGGAGUCCCCAGAGCAGGCCGCGUCCCGGUACUGCGAGCGCUUCUGUCAGACGCUGGUGGAUUACUCAAGUCGAUGGAAGAUCGAAGAGGAUCCCCAGCCGCUGGUGGAGGUGUACACAGCAGCACUGCUCAGCUAUGCCACAACAGCCCCACACCUCUCCUCCCAGUGUGAGGAGGUGAACCUGGUGCUGGAACGGCUCACGCUGAGCUGUGUGGAGCUACUGCUUUCGCUACCCAAAGAAGUCCCCACCGCUGUGUGGGAGACGGUGCAAAGUUCUGUCCAGGCAGCACAGAGUUUGCUGCAGCAGAAAGGGGUGUCACAGCUGCGCAUGCUGUCCAUGGUGGCCCAGGAGAGUGGACCAUGGGCCAACGCUACGUUGCACAGCAUUCUUUCCAAGGAAACACCCGAUACAGGGAGAGUUCAUGAGUUCCUGUCAACGGAAGGGCCUGUUCUCCUGGAGAUGCGGAUCAAGCACCUGAUCAAAGACAACCAGGUGGAGAAGGCAGCGCUUCUGGCCAGAGCAUGUGCAGAGCACCCAGAGCUGGGCAGGGAAGGACGCUUCCAGCAGACAUACCUCGUGUGCCUGUGUGCAGUUGUACCGCGGGAGCUGCUCAUGCAGGAGCUGUCUAAGGUGGAUUGCAGGGAUGCACUGGAGAUGAUCUGCAACGUUGAGUCUGAGGGGGAUGAGAAGGGCGCAUUCAGCCUGUGCUCGGGCUUCCUUACCCGCCAGCUCCUGAGUGGAGAUAUGUACUGCGCCUGGGAACUCACACUUUUUUGGAGCAAGCUGUUGAAGCGGUUAGAGUCAUCUGCGCAGGUGUUCUUGGACAAAUGUCGACAGAUGUCGCUGCUCUCCAAAACAGUGUAUCAUAUUCUCUUUUUCAUCAAGGUCGUCCAGUCCGAGUUUGAGGAUGUGGGACUUCCUGUAUGCAUAGAGAUGUGUAUUAGAGCCCUGAAGAUGGAAACUGAAGAAAGUGGAAACACUAAGGCUACCAUUUGCAAAACUGUUUCUUGCUUGUUACCAUCGGACCUGGAAGUUAAACGGGCUUGUCAGUUGACAGAAUUCCUUUUGGAACCCACUGUGGACUCAUACUAUGCAGUGGAGACCCUCUACAAUGAACCAGACCAGAAGUUAGAGGAGGAAAGUCUACCAGUUCCCAACUCAUUGCGCUGUGAACUUCUGCUGGUGUUCAAAACACACUGGCCUUUUGACCCAGAGUUCUGGGACUGGAAGACCCUGAAACGCCAUUGUUUGGCAUUGAUGGGAGAGGAGGCAUCCAUUGUGUCAUCCAUCGAUGAGUUGAAUGACAGUGAGAUCCAGGAUGGGCUUGAUGAUGAUGAGACAGCCAAAGGGCAUGAAUUCAGAGACCAGAUUGAAAGUUUCUGGGAUACCACAAAUGAGCUUAAUGAGAUCACAGAUGAAAGGAGGAAAAAGAGGGAAAUAAAAAAACUACGGGAGAAGGGGUUCAUAUCUGCCAGGUUUCGAAACUGGCAAGCAUACAUGCAAUAUUGUGUUUUGUGUGAUAAAGAGUUCCUCGGUCACCGGAUUGUAAGACACGCGCAGACACAUGUCAAAGAUGGCAUGUACAGUUGCCCCAUAUGUGCCGAAUCAUUUGACUCAAAAGAGGUGUUGGUUCCACAUGUAGCAUCACAUGUAAAGCAGUCAUGUAAAGAACGCCUCGCUGCUAUGAAAACCAGUAAGAAAUUGGCUAAUGCUUCAAAAAUAACAGUGGCUGAUUCAGCCCUUCAGAAAGACAGGCUUAUAGAAAGGCCCAUCUGGAAGUCAAAAAAUGUUCUUAAUGAUGUGGAUCUGUCGCAGUCUAACAAUGCCGAUGCUUCUGCCCUAGCCAAGGAUGAAAUCUCAGCCAUUCGAGCAGAGUACACUGACGAGUACUCUUGUCCUGUUGCAAAUUGUCGGAAGGGUUUUAAGUACUUCAGGAAUCUGAUAGCCCAUGUGAAGGCUCACAAAAAUAAUGAGGAAGCUAAACGUUUUCUUGAGAUGCAAAGCAAGAAGGUUGUGUGCCAGUACUGUCGUCGGCAGUUUGUCAGCGUUGUGCACCUUAAUGAUCACUUGCAAGUGCACUGCGGUGUCAAGCCUUACAUUUGCAUACAGCUGAACUGCAAAGCCAGUUUCCUCUCUAACACAGAGCUGCUAGUGCACAGAAAGGAGCACACCGUUUUUAAGGCUAAGUGCAUGUUUCCAAACUGCGGGAGGGUUUUCCACGAAGCAUACAUGCUGUAUGACCACGAAGCACAGCAUUACAAAACUUUUACCUGCAGAGAGCCUAGCUGUGGUAAAGUAUUCCAUUCUCAGUCGCAGCUGGAUUUACACCAGGAGGAUCACUUGGCAAAAGAGGAACCGCUUACAGCUGAGGAUCAUACUCCACCUGUUGAUAAUGUUGAUCUCCCACCUCAGUCUCUGAAUGGGCAACCAAACAACUUUGCACCUAAACAGGAGCCAAGCCACUCCACACCCACAGAUCAGGAAGAGGUUUGUGAGGAGGGCCCCCAACAGAAUGAGCCAAACAUGGCAGCUAACAUGCAUCUGUGUCCACCAGUGCCAGUCAAAGUGAAGCACUCUGUUGAGAGUAUGCUGAAUCCAGCCCCAGGUCCUGGGCCUGGGCAGGUGUCUGAAUGCAGCGCACUUGAUCCUAAUCAACAGCAGUUCUCAGCACCACGUCCAGACACCUCAGUGAUUCGCUCCCCUGUAACUGCAUGCUUAUCUAACCCAAAUCAGCCCAGAUUAGCAGAUACCUCUGUUCAGCAUGAUGCAGGGAACAUGGUGUCACAAGAUCAAAGUUUGUUACCAGUUACUUAUCAGAGUGUUUUGCAGGACUCCAAUCUGUCUUCACAACUGGAUAUUUUACAAGACCCAACCCAGUCUCUACCCCUGCACAACCAGGGCUCUAAUCAGAGUGAUGCAAGUUGUGUGAAGGUUGAAGGCCAUGUUGAUAACAGAGGACCAGUACCAGCACACCAUUUAGACUUAUUUCCUAACCAUAAUGUACCACCUUCAGAGCAGACCCCGCAAUGCCUAUCUAUUGUGACACCUGGAGUGCAUCCUUCUGCUGCAUCAACAGCUCCUCCACAGACCGUCUCUCUGCCAGUCUAUGGGAGUGUCACUUCCAACACAGUUUCACCGCCUGUGUCCUUGAGAAAUCCUGUUCCACCUGAAGGAGAGAAAGAGAGACACAACUGUGCAUUUGAAACAUGCACAAGAAAUUACAGCUCCUACAGAAGUGUCACUAAGCACAUGAAAGCAGCACAUCCAGAGUUUUAUGUUCAGUGGAAACUGGCGAAGAAGAACAAUCGCAUCCUCAAACCCAUCAUACGAACCGUGUCGACUGGAGGGAAUAUAAAUUCAGUAAUGCCAUCACAAGAUAGAAGGGUAAGCAGCAUCCCUGUUCCUGUGGUUCAAAUGCAGAUGCAGAGCACAAGCAGCCAGUCAGUUCCCUACUCUACAGUCUGUCCAAAUCCAGCUGUGACCAGUACUUCCUUAUCUCAGUCAGAAGCUUGUACAAAUCGGGCAAAUCCCAACCAAAUAGAAAAUAUCUUAAAUCCCAUCUUAUUGUCUCAGUUGGGAAAUUCUCAAAAUCAGCCUGGGACAGUGCAGUCACAUAUUGAACCAAGUGGCUCAUGGUCCUCACAGCCUGGGAACCAUGCCGACCAUGAGGUAGUCUGCCCUUCCCAUGUGAUGUCUUCAAACUUGCACCCUCUUCCUACUCAAUCCUACCCUUCCCAGAUUAACGCUUCAGGUACUGGCCUGCAGCCAACUGAAACAAGUCAGCCUGCCAUUCAGACGGCACAUCCUGACACCGAGAAUCUAUUCUUGCAGUCACCGGUGGAUAAUAGCUCAAGACAGGGAGAAAACAUGGGAAAAGAUUUGCAUCCACACUGUGUUUCAAGUUUUGCCACCAGUGUGAAUUCAGCACCCCCUGCACAAAUGAAUAAUGCAAACUGUGGUUUAAGCCACACUAGUCCGAUGCCCUCAAAUACAGAAGGACUGGAUAACCCUCUUUUGACAUCAGCUUUGGAAAGCCUUCCACAUUCGCACAUGCCUUCUUACUUGGACAGUCUGAAGGACCCAGUUUUACCAAAUCAUUUAGAAAAUUCAAGUCCCGUGUAUCAACCUCAUACUCAAAACUCUUCAUUUUCUGGUUUCAACCCCCCAGAAAGAAUGAUUGAUGCACAAAUGCAAAACAAUGUGCGCCCAGGUUUUCCAACACAAGAUAAUUCUGCGAUGCAGCCAGCUGUUGAGUCUGGGCAACCAGAAAACAGGAACAUUUUAACAGCUAAUGGUAACACCCUGACUGUGAAACGGACCAAGAGGAACAAAAGGGCUAAGUGGCCUGCCAUCAUAAAAGAUGGGAAGUUCAUCUGCUGCCGGUGUUUUAGAGAAUUCACCAGCCCGAAAUCACUUGGCGGUCACUUGUCAAAGCGUUCUCAUUGCAAACCAUUUGAUGAAACUGAGCUGUCUGCAGAGCUGCCCACAUCAUUUCUUGAUCUUCUUAAUUCUCCACAUGUGUUGAAUGCUCCACAGAAUGCUAUGGCUUCAAAUUUUAAUCCUAGUGCGACAUUCAAAGACCAGCCUAGUCAGCCACUGGAUCGGGGCUCAUUAGACUCAAGGUUUUUCCCUAAUGUUACUUUCCCACAGGCUAAUGGAUCAACUUAUUCAAGUGCGGAUGAUCAAAAUGGUGCAGUUCUGAAGGAAGUUAUGGACAGUCCAGCUAUUCAAAACCUCUUUGAGUCAUCUGGAAUUCCACAGCAGACAUUUCAAAAUCCUUCUGGUUCUUGUCCUUCUGAUGGUCGUUUGCCAGAAAGCACAGUUAUUCAGCACACUGGAAAUGUUACAGUUAAAACGGAGAACCAACCCCAGAGGAUAGACUUAGUCAAACAUGACACUAGCUCUGCAUUUGGUAGCAAUGACUUCUCUGAUCCUAUUUCUCAAAUGCUGGCAGAAAAUAACUCUUCAGUAUCAUUAAGUAGUCUUCCCACUGACCAUCUGAAUCAGGUACUAAGAGCUGAAACUCUAAUGAAAAUGAGAGACAUGAAAGGAAAUGGAGAUCCCCAGCCAGGUGCACUGUCAAAUGAUGGCCUUUUGGAAGCAAUGGCCAGUCUGGCACAAAACCUUAUGACAAAUCCAUUGCUCCAGAUUACGUCAUCUGAACCUUGUCAGCAAACUGUGAUGCCAACUAGCCCCCAGGAUGAUGCACACAAAGAGAAGUUAGAGAAGGAUGUCAAGAAGAAAUUACGUGAACAAAUUUUAGCUGGGGACCUCCUUAGAAGGGCCAGUUUGUCUCAAACGGCUACUGUUGAUGUGAUGUCCAGUUCAAGAAACUCCACUGUACUGAAUGGCCAAACUGGCAUCCAACAAACUGUGGAGAGCCAACAGAGUUUGGAGUCCUCCAGAACUGUUCAGUUACCCCCUGGCAACAAGAUGAAUAGUGGAAUGGUUGUGGUGCCUACUUCUGAAAAUGAGUCAAGUGCUGUAGGUCAUAAACACCCAGGAGUUAUUCCUUCAGAGCCAGUUGAGGGUGCUGUCCCAGGAAUCACAAUGACGAAUGACACUGAUACAGGCCCUGCUGUUUUGUCUGGUGCUGAAGAUGAAACAGUCGUUGAAAUUCAGAGAGCAUUACAAAGGUUGGAUUUAGACAAAGAAGUUUAUGAGAACACCCAAGUUGUUAAAAAUUGCUCCCCUGUCACCACAUUAAGCAAUCCCAUUGUGAAUAAUGAUUUAGUGAAGCCUAACAUCAUUAUAACCCAAGAGGAAAAUUUGGUAAAACCGUUUGUUUGUCACAAUGAAGGGUGCAACUACAGAGCCAUGACAAAAGAUGCUCUGUUCAAACACCUUUCAAAACAACAUAAUUAUACUGGGGAGAUGAUAAAUGAGAUUAAAAAGAAUCAUGGUAAAUUUGCCCCUUUUCGCUGCCAGAUGUGCAGUAAGACAUUCACCAGGAACUCAAACCUUAGAGCACAUUGUCAAACAGUUCAUAGCUUUUCACAAGAUGAUAUGGUUAAGUUUAAAUUGGCACGAAAUUUUAACAAAAAAGUGGACUUGGAAUCCAACAAUGGCCAGGUCGGUGUGGACAGGUCUGUUCAAAAUUCUACCCUUCCUCAUUGUGGAAGGCCAAAUGUGAACAUCACAAAACAGCACAUGUGUACCGAUGGCGGACAAGAGCGGUUAGAUGCGUCUUUGACACAGAAUGUGUUACAUAUGCAAGAAAAGCCUAGUCAAGAGUACCAUUCAAGAACUUUUGAGGAGAAAACUGCUUUAAGCGCAGCUGCACAAGAUUCACGUCAGAAUAACAUCUGUUCGCUGGGGCCUCAAGUGCAGCCAGUGCCGCAAAUACCUACCGGAGAGCAAGCUCCACAAGGAAUGGUUAUAAAUGGACCUCCCAUUGAGAGACAUGCCUCCAUGAUGGGCACCCUUGCAGCUGAACAACGCUUAAAUGUUUUCCAUGCAACUGUCCCCAGCAUGCCUGGUCAGCAGUUAUCAAGGCCACCAGCUGGAAGAGUUUUACCAGAUGGAGUGUCUUCUUCAGGACAGGUUGCACCAGGCCCCCCCCAGAGAGAUCCCCCACAAGGUCUUGGGGUAUUCUCUCAAGAAAUGGGACCACAAAGUAUCAAGCCAAAAGUGGCCAAACCCAAAGCUGAAACCCCCAAAAAAAUUAAAGAAAAGAAGGAAAGAAAGCCAGCAUUGAAAAAUGGUGAAGUGGAUAACACUUUCAGCCCUUACAGGCCUUAUCGAUGUGUCCACCAUGGAUGUGUAGCAGCAUUCACUAUUCAGCACAAUUUAAUUCUCCAUUACAAAGCAGUACAUCAGUCUCAUCUGCCCAAAUUUGAAGGUAAUGAUGAUGAACAAGAUGAACCACGUGAAGAUGUCAAAGUGGAGCAGGAAAGUGAAGAUGUGCAGGUGAAUGAAUUUAGAUGUCAAGUCAAAGAUUGUUCAAGAAUAUUCCAAGAAGUGACAGGCUUGUUGCAACAUUAUCUUCAGCUACACAAAUUCACUCUGGAUAAAGCAGGUACUCUGAUUAACAGUAUAAACCUUGGAAGAUUUCAGUGUGAUCAGCCAGAAUGUGAUAUAUUCUUCACUGCUUUCUGGAAAUACAUUGCUCACAUUGAAGAAGAUCACAAGGAGGCAAAGUUCUCUAAGGUAGAAGCCAUUGAUGGGUUGUUUCGGUGUGAGGUUGAAGGUUGUGACCGUGGUUAUGCUACACGGUCUAAUCUCCUCCGUCAUACCAUGAAAAAACAUCAGGAUCUUUACAAAAUUCAACUCAUGACACAACGGAAGAAUCAGGACCGGGAGAAAUUUGGCGCAAAGAAGCCUUUGAUUGAAACAGUGCAGACUGGUGAUGGGAAAGAAAAUAUGCAAAACAAUAAAAAAAUGACACAAAAGGGAAUUGAGAAAAAGAAAAAUGAUGAUGUAAAAAAUAAUCACUGGACAAAGUAUGGAAAACCUUCUUUGAAAUCCAAAGAGGAAGCUUCAGUAAUGUGUACAAAGAAAUUCCCCCUGCAAUAUCCAUGCAUGAUAAAAGGUUGUGAGACUGUUGUAAGUUCAGAACGAAACAUAAUGAAGCACUACAUCAGGCAUGGUCUGGCUGAGCGGUACUUGGAGCAGCAGCGAAGUUACUUCAUUUUUUGCAAAAAGUUGUCCCGUUCCAAGUGCAAGUACUGGUCUUCUAGAGGCAGAGCCAAGUUUGUGGACAGCUCCACGGAAACAUCUGAAAACGAGGAUGCAGUUGAUACGGGUACUGAAGCAAGUGAAACAGAGAGCGCCAAACCCACCUCCAGAAAGGAUGAGAUCCCAGAGGAUGCAGAAAUGUCAGAUGCCAAGCAGUCCACUGACGAUAGCUCUGACACUAAAUCUGUUGCAUCAGCAACUAUCAAGAGGAGAAGGGGGCGGCCUCGCAAAGAGGAUUGUGAGGAAAGACUUACUCGUAGCAAGGCGAUGGAGAGGCUAAGAACAAGGAGCAGCACGGUCAGUUGUGUAGGUAACGGCUCUGAUUCAGCUAACUCAUCCUCUGGUACUGGCCCAGCGAAUGAGGAGCAACAUGAUCAAACUAUUACUUUGAGCUCUUUCAAACCCAUGGGAUUUGAAGUGUCAUUCCUGAAGUUCUUAGAGGAAUCUACACAGUCUCCUACAAAAAGAAAAGCCAUCGAGGAGCUCACCAGUGAAAUUCCACUGAAGCGGGAGCGGACUAUUCAGUUGAAAACGGCCACUGUAUUGUGCAAACGAUCAGAUGUGUAUGUGCGGCCUAAAGCAGAGCAGAAUUGUAUAGACUUUAGAAACCCCCAAAAGUUGACAUCACUGAAAAAUGUAAAAAUUGUGGUUGACAAUGCCUUCUCUCAUGUGGCUGACCUUUUGCUCAAGCAACUUCAGGAAAUGCGACCUUUGGUGAUUCUACAAAAGUAGAUGUUAAAGUGUUAACUGACUGGUUGAAUGUCUCCAUUACUGAAGCAUAGUACUCAGGAUUAGAACAGAAAAAAAAAAAAAAAACCUCUUGCAGACUUGUGUCCAAAAACAAUAACAAAUUUGGAUAGGUGUAUUUUCCAACACUAAGCAGUAUCAAGUUACUUGUUAGUUGUUAAGUGUACUA